UCAUUUGGAGUGAAGACAUGGGUAAAGGAACGGACAAAUUAUACAUUACCCAUUCUGAAUGGGCGUCCGAAGAUGCCUACAGCGCCAGUGCUGGCGCAGGCGUGGGCAAGCAGAAGGUGGAUGGAGCAUCCUUCAAGCGACUUCCAUACAACUACUGCGCGCUGUCGCUACAGCCAUUCAAGCACCCGGUGUGCACUACGAAAGGCACGAUUUUCGAUCUCACACAUAUUGUACCCUGGUUAAAGAAGCAUGGCACAAAUCCCAUUAAUGGAGAACCGAUGCGGAGCGCUGAUCUGAUCAAACUGAACUUCACGAAGAACGACGACGACGAGUAUGUCGAUCCUGUUACGUAUAAAGUCUUCACAGACAAUACCCAUAUUGUUGCGCUAAAAAAUACGGGCAACGUCUUUUCGUGGGAUACGGUGGAACGGCUCAACAUUAAGGCCAAAAAUUGGAAGGAUCUCGUCACGGACGAAGACUUCACGAGAGCGGACAUCAUCACAAUACAGGACCCGCAGAAUAUUGAGUCACGAGAUUUGAGUUCAUUCAAAUACCUUAAAGAUGGGGUCAGCACUCUGACUCCAGAACAAGAGGCAGAACGCGCAGAUCCAGCCGCGAAUAUCAAUUCCAACACUCUAGGCAACGCUGCUAAGAUCAUCAAGGCAAAGGAAGCCGUUGCGCGUGCACGUCUAGAGCGCGAAAAGGUCGCAGAAUCAAAGGCAUCAGCGAAUGAAAAAGCCCGUGAGGGACGGAAGGCUGACAGCUCUUCUGCGACUGGAGCUCAGCGGCAGAAGAAAGCAGUGCCAUAUAACGCAGCGCAAUACACAAGCGGGCGUACGGCGGCGUCUUUCACAUCUACGGGUCUCACGCCCGAAACAUCGGGUGAACGCGCCCUACUCACUGAUGAGGAAUACAUGCUCAAACCUCGCAGAGUGAAACACAUUGGGUACGCGCGUAUUUCAACAAACCAUGGGGAUCUCAACAUAGAGCUGUAUCCCGAGUUUGCUCCAAAAGCUGUUUGGAACUUCAUAUCGCUUGCCAAGAAAGGUUACUACCGUAACUUAGUGUUUCAUCGCAACAUCAAGAACUUCAUGAUCCAAGGCGGUGACCCAACUGGUAGCGGUAAAGGCGGGCAGAGUAUUUGGGGCAAGAAUUUUGAAGAUGAGCUAGAGGGACCGAGAAGGCAUGACAAGAGGGGUGUGAUCAGCAUGGCGAAUAAAGGCAAGAACACAAAUUCCAGUCAGUUUUUCAUCACGUACAGGCCCGCCAAGCAUCUUGACCUGAAACACACAGUCUUUGGGCAGGUAGUUGGCGGGAUGGAUGUUCUGGCGAAGUUGGAAGCUGUGGAAGUCGAUGCGAAAGAUCGCCCGAAGGAGGACAUUCAGCUAAAGGACGUGGUGGUGUUCGUCGAUCCGUUUGAAGAAUUCACAAAAGAACGACUAGAAAAGGAGGAGAAGGAGAAGAUGGAGGAGGAGAUCAAAAGGGCUGGAGGAACGGACGAUGACCGAAUGACGUGGACGGGCAAGCGACUUCGAGAGGAUGGCAAGCUCGAGAAGGGAGGUGCAGACAGUGUUGGCAAAUAUCUCCAAGCGGCAUUAAUGCAGAACUCGCAAAUUCAGGCAGCCAAAACAACAGAAGACACAUACGAGGACAUGAUGCCGUCAAAGAAGAAGUCGAAGACGAAAGGAUUUGGUAAUUUCGAUAACUGGUAACAAAUCCUUGAGAAGCGCGGACCGAACUAGUCGUCCAUUUCAUCUUACCUAGGGUGAAAACUCAACAUCUUCGAAAUGGCCCCAAAAGUAAAGACCGCCACGGAUCAUCCUAUAUAAUUUGUUCUACCAGGGGUAGGAUCGAACCGAUCCAAGCAACAAGGGUUAUUUAUCUAAAGAGCUAACAAAAGCACUACUGAUUUAUUGCUCUCUUUCACGAAGAGUUUGAUGCACAUUGGUGCAACCUAAAAAGAGGGCACGCCCAAUUCUUUCUAGUCAAAGUACAUGGCAGACAGUGCGUUCCACAGCAGAGAAAGCAGAAAGCGAGGCCUCAUUGCUGUGUCAUGACUGAUACAAACGCGCCUUGGAUCCCUUCCGCAGCCUCCAUGAGGCGAAGCCAAUUUUCUUUGCAAGUCGAGAUCUAGAUCGAUGCGUCCAAUGUCAACGCUUUCUUUGAAGUCUUUCAGCCAGCGUUCGACGCCAAAUCCAAAGAAAAAGAACUGCUCUAUUUUGAGGUGUUCCAAGACCCGGACGACCUUGGUCACAUCAGCUGGGUAGAGAACGGGGCCGAAAGCCUGCCAUGGUCUACCUUUGUACGUCAUACGAUGGAGACGACUACUAUUGGGUGCUCAUACGAAGUCCACUGUGCAGAAUCAGCUCUCGAAGGACUGCUACAAAUGGUAUUUUGCGGCAACCGAGUACAUGUUUGGAAACCGCGAGUGACGAAGAUACUUCAACGAUUUGGUGGAACUCUGGCUGUGCAGAAAGUGAGUAAUUCAGCCGGUGUGGAUGAUUGAUUGCUGAGGUGAAACUCAACAUCUGUGACCUAGAGUAUCUCAAUACUAAUGCAAGAUAUACGUCAACUUUCU